AUGGGCCCCAAGCGGUCCAGGUCCGACCGGGAGUCGCUGGUGCCCGGCCUGCCAAGCUGGGAGCCCGCGCUGGUGUCCGCCCGCCUCGAGGAGGAUGCCUGGAAACCUAGCAUCGCUUUCAUUAUUGGGACCAAGAUUGAAGAUGAAAUCCACACCCAGGCCCUGGCUCUUGCUGUGCAGGUGCCACUGCGAAAGCUCUUCAGUGUGGUAACGCAUGAAGACAUUUACAGACAGAUCACAGAAUCUGGGGGUCAAAAGGGAAAAAAGGCUAAGGACGCACCUAUGUACUAUGAGGUGAUGGAAUUAGCCAAAGCCUUUCUGGACCAGGGUGAAGAAAUUCCUGUAACACUAAUUGGAAAGCUGUUGAAAUUUCAAUUGCUUUGUCUAAAACAGAAGGACCUUCAGAGAAGAGAAGAGGAAAAGAAGGCAGAACAGCAGCAAAAAGAAAAAGAAAAACCUCCUGAAAAGACAUCUGGAAAAGAUAGUAAAGGAAAAAAAUCAGUGGCACUACCCCCUGUUAAAAAGGACACCAAAUUGAAACAACGGGGAGAAGUGGAAGUGAAAGACAAGUACAUUGAUGAUGAACCAGAUGAUGGUGCUCAUCAUUACUUUAUCAUUCUGGGUUUCCCCAAUCUUCAGUUGUUGCCUGUCUUGACUGACCUUGGGAUUAACAUUUCAAGUGUAAUUCAAAUUUCUUCUGAAAAUUACAAGCCAUUGCAGAUAUACUUAGAAGCAACUAAACGUAAAGGACAAUCUUCAGUUUCACCUGAAGAUAUAGAAGCAGAGAAAAGAAAGGAAGAUGAAGCUAAAAAAGACCUGGAAACAUUUUGGAAAUUCCUGGAGCCCGUUCUGAACAGUGGAAAGCAUGGAUCCAGUCUCUUUGAUGUUGCCAGGCUUCAUUACCAAGUUAAGGAAAGUGACUUUCCCUCUGAUUGGUCAGACAGUGAAAUGCUGCUUGCAUUUGGUACUGUGCUGUUUGAACAUAUUGCUUGUUUGAUGUAUGACUGCCUGGACUGGAGAAGACAGCAUUGCAACUACUUGGAAAACACCAAGUUUAUUAAUGUGCCUUCGUUACCAGAGAGCAAAUCAACACAAUCUUCUGCAGCUGAGGAACGUCCAGCACCAGCAUCACAGAUAACACCUACAAAGAAAAAAGGGAAACCAGAAGAAAUUCUGCCAACAGUAGAUUUGUCAGAGGCAUCCGAAGAAACUUAUAUUCUCUUUCCUUCUGUGGACAUGAGGUAUUAUAAUAACUUGAUGAGUCAAAUUCCUGAGGAGUUCUUUUCUGUAUCCUUAAUGCUGAGCUGCAUGUUGGAACAGGUUAUUGCAAGUGAAGAAUACCUUACACCACCGAGUCUGGUAGCACCAGAGACUCAGGCAGAUGGGCUGCAUCAGGCCAUUGCAGAUCAUAUAAUCUCUGUCCUUCCUUCUCUUUCUCUUCCUAUGAGUGAAAAAAAGAAUCUGUAUGACUACUUUUCUCCUAAAUACAGUGAACAAGAAACUGUUACACCCCAGUACCCUCUCUUAUUUAACUACCAUGAUGCCCUGGCUCAGCGGUUGCACCUACUGAAGGUCCAGGAGAACUUCAAUCCAGAAAAGAUUGAGCGUGAAAUGAUGGAUAAACUACCUCUUACAAAACUUGUCCGUUUCACCCCUCCUUCAACUGAAAGCAAUACUAAACGCUUGGCCAGAGCUCAUGAGCUCAUGCAUUAUUGUACUACUGAACUUCUGAGUUGGGCUGAAGUAGAAAGAGCCUUCAGAGUGUUUACUUUUGAAAGCCUGAAGCUGACGGGGCUGAGUGACUCUGGUUUCCUGGAGAGCUCUGGAUCUAGGGUUGGAGGUGAUUCUGAAGUGUCUUAUAUCCCUUGGGAUAAUCCAGACUUGUUUGCAAGACAGCUGAGACAACUCUUCCUUGUGGAAAAGAAGCUUAAUGGGAAAUCUCCAAGAGGCUCUGGACAUACAGAAACAAGUAACGAAGAUGAAGGAGAUGAUGUGCUUGGUCCUCUUUUGAACGUAGAAUUGGAUCCUCUUUAUUCUGAAAUGGUGAGUCUGGAAAAUUAUGGCUUAGGACCAAGUUUGGAAGAAAUAAAAAAGACACAGAGGCGUUGCUUGACAGACUGGAGUUUGGAAGAGCAUUUUCAACCACAUGUUCUUUGUCAGGUUCUUCAUACAGCAUCCCAAGAAUAUAGAUGUAUUGAUUCAUUUUAUCAUACCCAAGAUAACUCUUUACUAAUGGUUUUUCACAAUCCUAUGGAUCAACAUCGUAUGUGCCAAGAGACUUGGAAUAUUGCUCUGCACUCUAAUGUUGGAUUCAGGAACUAUCUUGAGCUGGUGGCCAACUCAAUUGAAGACUGGGUGACAGAGGAAGAAACUAAAUACCAAAAAGAGAAGAUGGGUAAGGAAAUAGAGUCUUUCAAAUUGGAAAAAGUCACAGCAGAAGGCCCUUUUGGACUGUCUGCCAGUGCUGUCAAAAUACCUGGCUUUACUUAGAAAGCCAAAAGCAGCAUGUCCGGACCUGAGGAUGAAACAGAGUCCCAAUCGAAGAAUGAAGAAAGUCUCAUUAUCAGAGAAGAUUCUCUAAAGGCUUGGAAGAUGGAGCAGGACCGAUUACAAGAGGAACAGAAAAAAGAAAAGGAAGAAAAACAAGAAAAGGAAGAACAAUUACAAAGUAAAAUGAAAGAACAGUAUAAAAAUGAUAAAGAAUGUAGAGAAUCAAACAGGAAAUCUUCUGAAGAGAAGUCUCAAAAUGAGUUAGCAAAAGCCCCUGAACUUGAGGAGGAUCAUAGCAUUUCAGAACUAUGUUCUGAGAAAGUUUAUAAGUUUCAUGGCUACAAUACAGGGGAGAAUAUCAUUCAAAUAUCAGGAACCAAUCAAUAUCUUUUCCCAUCCGAUGGAGGACAGAUUCAAGUAGAGAAGACAGAGUUUGUGAAAAAAACUUUUAUAAAGGUGAAAGUAAUGAAAGACAACCACAAUUUCUUCAUUCAUGUCACAGACCCCAAGGAAAACUUCAAAGAAGCUGAAGAGCAAGAAAUUAAUGAAGAACAGCAAAUUAGAUCAGGAGAACUGAAAAAUCAAAAGAAAGCUGUGAGCAAGUUUGGGUCUUUUUCAGCCACCUUGGAAAAUGGAAUCCAGCUGUCCCUGAGCUAUUAUGGACCUACAGGGGAGGCAGCAGAUGAUGAAACACGUUUUAUGUUAGCAAGAAUUCUGAACAUCCCUUCUGUUCAUCUUCCAACCGUAAUUCCGACAACAGUUGCUCCUAUUAUACCAGGUCUGCGAAAAAAAGAUAAGUCUGACACAAAAAAAUCAGCAAAAGCUUCUGGUAAAGGAAACCGUGACAAAUUAGCCCCUUCAUCACCUGAUGACCUGGUGCAGCAAGAAGAAGAAAAGAUGGAAAUGGAAGAACCAGUUCCCCAAACACAAGAGAUGUCAGAUGCUCCUGCUUUUCCAAGUUUGAAUGUUUCCUGUCCCAAUGGACUUGUAUUAACUUUUCUUGGUGAAAGGUUUCAAGAUUUGAAAAGUGAAGCCACUGCCACAGAAGCAGAGAAAGAGAUGGUAGAGGAAAGUAAGAACAAAACAGAUGAAGGAGAGAAGGAAGAGGUUAUGCAAAGUGGAGAGGAGGAAGAGGUUACAAAAAGUGGAGAGGAGGAACAUCAGGUUACAGAAAGUGGCGUAAAACACGAAGACACCAAAAGUGUACAGGCUGAGCAGCCUACUCUGAAAAUUCUGGUUAGACAGAGUUAUCCCCAAAAGGUAAAAAACUCUCAUCUUUAUUCACCUCCAGCGAGGCAAACAGAACAAGAGGUGUCAAGAGUCAUCACUAGUCAUGGAACUGUCAUAAAGUACCUAAUGGAUGGAUCUACACAGAUUCUGUUUGCUGAUGGCACUGUGAGUAGGAGCCCUGAUUCUGGUCCUGUCCUACCACCACCUACAAUUCCAGAUAAAAUACAACGCUUAUCAGAAUCAGAGCUUUUACCUGAGACCAGCACCAAGAAAGGAAAAGGCAGUGACAAGACCAUUCCGUUAUACUCACCCAAGGAUGAAGAGUUUGAAAAGGCCAGUUCUCUGCAACCUAAGGCAGGAACUUGGAUAACAACAACUCCAUUAGGCAUUCAAGUGGGCACAGAGGGUGCAACAAGAAUGGAUCUGAAGCCACUCUUAAUAUAUCAGGCCACGAACCCAUCUGAUGGAACGAUUAUGACUGUACGAGAAGAUGAAGUGAUAAUUGUUGAGAAGCCGGGUGGUAACAGAGUAGUAGAGCAUGCUGAUGGUACCAGGAUCACAACUUUUUAUGAAAAAUGUGAAGACCUUUCUGUACCAGAGGGUAGUCUGGAAACAGAUGAACCCUCAGAAGCCACCACAAAGAAACUGAAAGGUACACGAGUAGAGAAUCCUGAGUUUGCUACUGUUAUAACAAAUUGUGAGGAUGGUACCUGUUGUACUAUCUUUGGAGAUGGGACAUCUAUUCUAGCAAAGCCACAAGGAACAUAUCAGGUUUUACCCAGCAAGGGAGGCUUCCUUUUCUUUGAUGAAGAUUGCUCAGCAGUUUAUAGCCAUGAAGUUUAUGAUCUCAUUAGCAAGGAAGAAGAGAAACAAGCAGGGAGAUAUAUUAUGAAACACACUUCCAGCACUAUUUGUGAGAUGAUGGAUCCUAAAGGAAAUACUUUCAAGGUCCUGGCUGAUGGCAGCACAGAUGUGUGCAUUCCCAGCAUUGGCUCUGAUGACAAGGAGGGCACAAGUUCAGCAGUAGAUGAGGUUAACAAACCUACCACUUACGAUGAGCAUGCCCCCAGGUUUUUCGUAAUCUCUGCAGAUGGUUCUGGAACGGAACUCCUGCGAAAAAAGGACGUCCACAAGUAUGUGGCUGAGGCCUGCAGUGAUCCUGCCACUGUAGUCUUGCAGGAUCCUGUACAAGAACAACCAGAUAUUUUAAGUAUUACUAUCCUCCACCCUAUGGCUGAAGCAUCCCCCUGGCUAAUGAAGAAAGAACCAGAGAGUAUUGUUCCUCCAUAUCUUCAAUCAGAGACUCAGGCAGAAUCUUCUCCUCCUGAGGGGGAUAUCACAGGUGCCCCAGCUGAAAAGUGUGUUUGGAAGGGUCUCAGCAUUGGAUCAGCACAUUUGUCCAUGCCAGUCCCUGCGCGAAAAUGUCCCAAAAAACUGCAAAUCCGCCAGCUAUUUCAGUAUAAGCCACUCUGUGAUGAACUAAGAGAAAAACUGCAGCUUUCCCUCAAGGAAUAUAUAGACAACAUCUUAAAGCGGGAAAAUGAGCUGGAAGAGAUGAAUGUGAAAGAACCAAGAACAGAAGAGGAAAAGGAGAAUGCUGCAAGUCUCCUUGAACUGAUUACAUCCUUCCCUGAUUGGGAAAAGUCAACUGAAAAGCUCAGUGAUAGAGCCCAUGUGAGUGAGCUGUAUGAACAGGCACUGGCUCCUCCUACCCAGGGUCCCGUAGAGAAGACAAGCACUGCACAAAGAGAGGACCAGCAGCAGAGUCCAGAAGGAGUAACGUCCAAGUGGCAAAGUAAACUAGAACAGAACAGGAAAGCACUGGAUGAACAGAAGACUACAUUUAUGGCAAUAAAGAACAGAAUAUUUGCUCCAUAUUUUGAAUCCGAAUUCAGCAAGGGCUUUUUCCAAGAAAAGUUUCCUGAUUUGGAAGCAAUGUCUAAGGAACUUCCUCCACUUCAAAAAGAAGAAAGUGUGACUUCCCCUCUGUGGAUGUUAAGAGAACCCAGUAGAGGUAAUCUCCUGUCUGGCAUCAGUGAUUCAUCACUUUCAUCUGGCCUUCCACUGCAGGAUCCUUCCAAACAAGAUGAUGGUUCCAGCAGCACAACAGACCUAAACAUGGCAGCAAGAGCAGAAGAGACACCCUUUCAACAUAUAGUUCCAAGUCUGAUGGUGGAUGUUACAGGACAGACAAGAAAAGAGAAAGUAAUAUUACCAUCAUACCUUCAGAGCAAAAAACCAAACACCAUACCAAAUAAAAAGAUAGAAGAUCCUGCCUCAGGAAAGCUCAGCACAUCUUCUCUUGCAACAAGACAGGAUCUUACUGGCUUCCAUCUCAUCCCACCCAGGGUGACAUUUGGAGUGCUAAAGGAAGGCUGCACCUAUGCAACCACUGUAAUCAUGAAGAAUGUUGGUAUGAACUUCUCAAGGUUUCGGGUGAAGCAGCCACCUCCACACACAGGACUGAGAGUGAUGUACACACCAGGACCUGUGGCAGCAGGCUUGCAGGUUGAACUGGAGAUAGAGAUUUUUGCCAUGCUAAUUGGAGGGAAAGACACUGGUGGCCUUGAAGAAAUUUCCCAUGAUAUUGAAAUAUUAACAGAAACUGAAACUCUUCUCCUGCCUGUGAAAGCAACUGUGUUAUCCAGUGACAUUUAUGAGUGCCGCCCAGAAGGAUACCCCCAGGGAGGGACGGCAGCAGCAGUCCAGGCAGUUCCUACAAGCCCCAAGCCACGGUUACGGAUUACACUCCCACGAAAGCCUUGCAGUUAGUGUGAGUACUGGAUGCAGUAACACCAGCUGUAAAUUGAAGUACAGUUGUUUUACCUACUCUUCACUUCAUCAGUAGCAUCCUGAACAAAGCUCAUGCAAAUGAUGCAGCUGUCACACUGACUUGGUAACUGUGACAAGAGAA